AGGGACCGUCUUUUGACUGAAACAGCUUCCCUGUUAUCAUCACCAUCUUCUUUACCUUUUCUAAACAACAGAAGGGGUUGUUUGGAAUUUACAGAUUUGGACUGAAUCGCCAACUACUGAUUUGGUGGUACUGCUAUGAAGAACAUUCAAUCUCAGCGAUACCCAAUUUGUAUACUUUCAGUUUCACUAGUACAAGUAGCUCUCUUCUUGAUAAUAACGAUAUGCAGCAGCAGCAGCACAUUAUUAUUAAGUGCCGAAGCAGCUUUAAUUCCACCAGCAAGAUUCGAUGGAUUCGUCUAUAACAAAGCAGUUCAUGGCGAAGACACCAUCGCUAUUGAAGCCUUCUUUGAUCCUGUCUGCCCUGAUAGUAGAGACGCCUGGGCACCUCUUAAAAGUGCUCUUCAACACUAUGGAUCUCGUGUUUCCCUCGUUGUUCAUCCCUUCCCCUUGCCUUACCACGACAAUGCGUUUGUAACAUCUCGUGCACUACAUAUUGUAAAUAGCUUGAACCCUUCAGCAACAUACCAUACUUUGGAGCUCUUCUUCAAGCAUCAGGAGAAAUUUUACAAUAAACAAACCCAUGAAUUGUCUAGAGCUACUAUUGUUGACCAAGUUGUAAAGCUGGUAGCAGAUGCCACGGGGAACACUUCCCUAUCUGCUCUGGAAUCUGGCUUCAAUAACAGGAAAACGGAUCUCAUGACAAGGGUUUCAUUUAAGUAUGGAUGCACUAGAGGAGUGUUUGGGACACCAUUCUUUUUUGUGAAUGGGUUCUCUCUGCCUGAUAGUGGCUCAGCUAUAGACUACAAGGGGUGGAGAAACAUCAUUGAUCCGCUGCUUGUUGCACAAGGCCAGAAAAAUGAGGGAGCUCACCGUUCCUUCCUAUGAAGGAAUUCAGAAGAUCCAGGCUCCAUUAUCGUCAUGUAUGGUGUCCAUCUGGUAAUCUUAUAUACUAGUAUUUACUCAAUAAAAUCUUUGAUUUAUAGCAAAUUAAGAAAAGAAGUUAAAGGGUGGUAUGCAUUUACAUAAAGAAUUUGUAUUUUAAGAAUUCUGGAUUCUGGAUAUGGUUAUUGAACAGCACUUAGACUAGAUGUUACUUGUAAACAGUAUGAACAUUAGCUCCUUAUACAACCAUAUAGCUAUAUUAUGGCACCUAUAUCGACGGUUUCCUCUGAUACCAAAAUACCGUUCUUUUACUUGCAAUACAAUUUAUGUACUUCGGCUGCUGCUCACUUAAGCUUAAUUGUAAGAUCAAUAUUCAUUUCA